AUGGAGACCGGCUCACAAACCCAAACCACCGAUCCCGGUCCCAACCCCAUCCCCAACAAUCCAAACAACCGAAACCCUAUACCUAACCGGAGCUCAACAAUAUCGGGCUCUUCCCCUGUUUGGCACACCAUUGACGGUCCGCUGGAACUGUCGAAGGAAGACUUGGUCAGCUAUGCGAGGAGAUUCUAUAAGUUCGGAUUCGCGAUGCUGCCCUGGCUUUGGGCACUCAAUUGCUUUUACUUCUGGUCCGUUCUCCUCCACACUCGCUCCUUUCCCCGCAUCCACCAUUAUGUUGUCAGAUCAGCAGUUGGGUUCGCUGUAAUCACAGCUAUUCUUUCGUCAUGGGCCCUUACUUUUGCAAUUGGAGGGGAGCGUCUCUUCAGACCUGUUUGGGAUCAACUUGUAAUGUACAAUCUCGCUGAGAGAUUAGGCUUGACUGGUUUGAGCUAG